CACCACGCAAUCCGAGUCCAGAAAGCCCUGCCACUCUCCUCCCUCUGCUGCUUGCUUCUCUUAUUCCACGUCAAUCGAUAAUCAGGUCAUCUGUGUUCCUCUUUCCUGUCUCUCUCUCUCUCGCUAUCAUAGCUGCUAUCUCUCAAUCUCUCUUCCCCUGCUACGUCUGCUUCCUCUCUGAGAGAGGCAACGGGGCGCAGGCAUUCGAAAUCUCAGCGAAACGUUGUGUUUUCAAAAUCACCGAAUAUUCUACGUCUUUUUGAAUGUCCAGAAUACUUUACCUCUUCUCUCUUUGUCUUUCCUCCACCACGCCAAGUUCACAUAAUCUUAUUCUCUUCAACCGCUGCUGCUCUCCUUCCAUUCCAUCUGCACGAUUCAACCUAUCUCGUGCUCUCAGAUUCAGCACCUCCCUCGCCAUGCUGAAUAAUCAGGGUAAGGCAGGUAAAAGAGAACAACAUGAGAAAGAGAAGCCAAAACCUAACCAGCCAUCUCUGUGCGUAGAGGAUCUGGCCGCAAGGCCCACAACUGAAGCUAUCACUGACAGGCUUAGUGGGUUGAGCAUUACAGAAAAUACUGGACCAUCUUAUAUUCCAGUUUCACCCAUACUAUUUGGGAGCGUCCCUUUAGCAAACCAGGCUCCUCCAACCAAAGGUCAAAAAAGCAUUUGGAAGCCGAAGUCCUAUUCAACCGUAAGAGGAGCUGAAAUUUCUGAAGUUGCUGCUGCAGCACCGGAUGUGAGAUCGACGGUAAUCGAUAGUCAAGCUAAUGUAGCUGAAUCCAUAGAAAAUGCAUCAGCUGACAAAAAUAGUGCCGCACUGCAUAAGCUAUUCAAGGGUCCGCUUGGAGAGAAUUUUACUGUCGACAAUCUUACGUAUUCUCAGGCCCAGAUAAGAGCUACCUUUUAUCCCAAAUUUGAAAAUGAGAAGACAGAUCAAGAUGUCAGAACGAGGAUGAUAGAAAUGAUCUCCAAUGGCUUGGCUACCUUAGAGGUCUCACUUAAACACUCUGGGUCUCUUUUCAUGUAUGCGGGCCAUGAGGGUGGAGCCUAUGCAAAAAACAGUUACGGGAACAUUUAUACUGCUGUGGGUGUUUUUGUUCUUGGUCGGAUGUUUGUUGAGGCAUGGGGUACUGAAGCAAGAAAAAUACAAGCAGAGUUCAAUGAUUUUUUAGAGAAGAAUCGUAUGUGCAUAUCGAUGGAAUUAGUAACAGCUGUUUUGGGAGAUCAUGGGCAACGACCUUUGGAAGACUAUGUUGUAGUGACAGCUGUAGCUGAGCUGGGCAAUGGAAAACCGAAGUUCUACUCUACUCCUGAUAUUAUAGCUUUCUGUAGGAAAUGGCGCCUGCCAACAAAUCACGUUUGGUUGUUCUCAACAAGGAAAUCUGUGACUUCCUUUUUCGCUGCCUAUGAUGCAUUAUGUGAAGAAGGAACUGCGACACCUGUAUGUAAAGCUCUUGAUGACAUUGCUGACAUAUCUGUACCAGGAUCAAAGGAUCACAUAAAGGUGCAAGGUGAAAUCUUGGAGGGUCUGGUUGCUCGUGUUGUUAGCCAUGAGAGCUCAAAACAUUUAGAGAAAGUUUUGAAAGAUUUCCCUCCACCACCAUUAGAUGGAGUUGGCUGCAAAAUGGGACCAAGUUUGCGGGAAAUAUGUGCAGCCAAUAGAUCUGAUGAAAAACAGCAAAUUCAAGCGCUUCUUCAAAGUGCUGGAUCUUAUAUGUGCCCAGACUACUCGGAUUGGUUUGGCAGUGGCAUUGAUGAUAUUCAUUCUAGAAAUGCUGAUCGAUCAGUUCUUUCAAAAUUUUUACAAGCUCAUCCUGCAGAUUUUUCUACCACUAAGUUGCAGGAGAUGAUUCGUUUGAUGAGACAGAGACAUUUCCCAGCUGCCUUUAAGUGUUACAAUAACUUCCACAAAUUUGCCUCUUUAGCAAGUGACAACCUUUAUUUUAAAAUGGUCAUCCAUGUGCACAGUGAUUCUGUUUUUCGACGAUAUCAGAGGGAAAUGAGGCACAACCCAGGAUUGUGGCCAUUGUAUAGAGGUUUUUUUGUUGACAUAAAUUUGUUCAAAGUAAACAAGGAGAGUGCUGCUGAAAUGGCAAAAGACAGCAACUUACUAACUGAGAACACUAAUGGUAACUGUGGCACAACCAAAUUGGGGACAGAUGGCUUAGCUGAUGAAGAUGCAAAUCUGAUGAUCAAGUUGAAAUUUCUAACAUACAAGUUACGGACCUUUCUGAUUCGCAAUGGUUUGUCUAUGCUUUUCAAAGAAGGUCCCGCAGCUUACAGAACCUACUAUUUGAAGCAAAUGAAAACAUGGGGCACAUCGGCCGCAAAGCAGAGGGAUCUCAGCAAGAUGCUAGAUGAAUGGGCUGUUUAUAUUCGACGGAAGUGUGGGAACAAACAGUUGUCAUCAUCCAUAUAUCUUACUGAAGCUGAACCCUUUCUUGAGCAAUAUGCAAAGCGUAGUUUAGAAAAUCAAGCUCUCAUAGGAUCUGCUGGAAACUUGGUAAAGGCUGAAGAUUUCUUGGCUAUUGUUGAAGGUGGCAGGGAUGAAGAGGGUGAUCUUGAUCCUGAGAGGGUAGCAGCACCUUUGAGUCCCAGUCCCACUGUUUUGGACAGAGUCCCAAAAAAUGAGGGUCUUAUUGUAUUCUUUCCAGGCAUUCCUGGUUGCGCUAAGUCCGCACUAUGCAAAGAAAUACUAAGUGCUCCUGGUGGUCUUGGAGAUAACCGAUCUGUACACAGUCUGAUGGGAGAUCUCAUUAAAGGAAAAUAUUGGCAGAAGGUUGCUGAUGAACGCAAGAAAAAACCUUAUGUUAUAACCCUUGCUGAUAAAAAUGCACCAAAUGAAGAAGUCUGGAGGCAGAUUGAGGGCAUGUGCCGGAGCACAAGGGCCUCAGCUGUUCCGGUUGUUCCUGAUUCUGAAGGAACUGAUUCAAAUCCAUUUUCACUUGAUGCAUUAGCUGUUUUCAUUUUCCGUGUGCUUCAACGAGUCAAUCACCCGGGAAAUCUUGACAAGGCAUCACCAAAUGCGGGUUACGUUCUGCUAAUGUUUUACCACCUUUAUGAGGGCAAGAAUCGCAGAGAAUUUGAGAGUGAACUAUCGGAACGUUUUGGCUCGCUUGUUAAGAUGCCAUUGCUCAGGAAUGAUAGGAGUCCUCUUCCUGAUCCCGUGAAGGCUAUAUUAGAAGAAGGCAUAAAUCUAUACAUGCUUCACACGAACAGACAUGGAAGAUUGGACUCCACUAAAGGAUCAUAUGCAAGGGAAUGGGCUCAAUGGGAGAAGCGGCUGCGGGAGAUUUUAUUUGGAAACGCUGAGUAUCUGAACUCUAUUCAGGUUCCCUUCGACGUUGCUGUCAAACAAGUGCUAGAGCAACUCAGAGCCGUUGCAAAAGGCGACUUUGCAACGCCCAGUGAUACAGAGAAGAGGAAAUUUGGAAACAUUGUUUUUGCUGCUGUUACUCUACCCGUCAUGGAAAUCAGGAGCUUCUUGGAGAAGCUGGCUGAGGCCAAUCUGAAAGCUUGUGAAUUCCUCAAAGAGAGGGACAUCCCAAACAGCUUGAGGCAAUGUCAUAUUACUCUAGCUCACAAGAGAAGUCACGGUGUCACAGCUGUUGCUAGCUAUGGAGUUUUCCUCAAUCAAAAGGUUCCGGUCACUCUCACGGCACUGCUCUUUUCUGAUAAGUUGGCUGCACUGGAAGCCUGCCUUGGAUCCAUUGAUGAUGAAAAGAUAAGCUCUAAAAACCAGUGGCCCCAUGUCACCAUAUGGACAGGGGAAGGGGCCACGGCAAAGGAAGCGAACAUGCUGCCUCUGUUGGUGCAAGAGGGAAAGGCAACUCGCAUCGAAAUUGAUCCAACUGUCACUAUUUCCGGCGUGUUGGAUUUUUACUGAGUUUGGUGAUGUCUAUUCUUGUUAGCUGAGGGUUUUUGCAUAUCAGAGGCGGCCAUGAAGUAAUAUAUGCUUGCUUGCAGCACUCGGUAGCUUCUUCUUUUUUCUUUUUUCUUUUUUCUUUUCUAUUUU